CAAAGGGAGAAUGGAGGAGAAGGAAUUGCAGCAUGACCAUCCCCUCUCAGGGGUGAUCUCCCAGUUUCCCUCUGAAUGUAUGCACCCCAUAACAACAACAACAAAAAAAAUACUAGAAAAUAGCCUUAAGAAGAAAGAAAAAAAAAUGAAGGAUUUAAUAAGUGCCAUUUACAGUUCUGAAACUGCUUUGAGUCAGUAACCCAUAUUUAUACUCUUAAUCUCAUUCCAGCAAUAUUUCUCAUGUGAUUGUUUCUCUAUACCAAACUCCUUUUUCUAAUUGUUGGUCAGUAAUCCUUGGCUAUAACAAGAAAGAAAGGCAGUUUAAAUGCUGUGGGAGAAAUCAAAAUGCUAAGGAUCAGAGCUGGUGCAGAGGCUGAAAAACUGGAGAACACUAGUGUUGUGGAAGCUGGGAACCAUUUCCUUGUAUCUGGACUCUCUGAUGCUCUUGGAAAACAAAACUUAGAGCAGAGACCAUGUGUUUGCAGGUUGUCAGGAUUCUUGAGUAGCACUUGGUAUACUCCAUGACAGAGAGAGAGAGAGAAAAUCUCAGUCUAAAUCUUAGAAACAGACUUUUGUCAUUUUCUAGAUUACUCCCAAUUGAGCUCUUCUUACCACCAUAUCUGAGUGGGGUGGGAGGUGGAGAAAAUACUGUUUAUUAAAGAAUAGCCAGUACGUUCCUGUAGCCUUAGACUUUUAUCUCAAAGGUACUCAUCUGUCUUUUCCUUAGGAGCUCUUGGUAUUAAGUGGCUGUAAUCACUAAAGAGUACAGGCUUCACAAGAAACUUGGGGCUUGGGCUUGUCUACUGUGCCAGUGUCUUAUAUUAAUAGACAAAAACUCAGAAUUCCAUAAAUCUUAUAUUACAGUCAAGGGAAAACCAAAAGGCAUCAUGUGACUCUGGAAGGAAAUAUAAACAUCAAAUCCUAUUGCAGCUAUGACUCCAGACCUUGGAUACCUGAGCUGUCUUGAUUGACAUGGAAGAAGGGGUAGUGAAUGAAAUUCUGCAGGGACCAUUGCGAGAUGUAUUUGAUAGCAGACAACUUAUCACUGAUAUUUCUGGCUCAGGAAAUAAUUGGGCUGUGGGUCACAAAGUUUUCGGCAGUCUCUACCGAGAGCAGAUUACAGAGAAACUCAGGAAGUCUGCAGAGCACUGUGACUGCCUUCAGUGUUUCUUUAUAAUACAUUCCAUGGGAGGAGGAACAGGAUCUGGAUUUGGCACAUUUCUUUUAAAGGUGCUUGAAGAUGAGUUCCCUGAAGUAUAUAGAUUUGUGACGUCAGUUUAUCCUUCCAGUGAGGAUGAUGUCAUAACCUCACCCUACAAUAGUGUCUUGGCAAUGAAGGAACUUAAUGAGCAUGCGGACUGUGUGCUACCCAUCGACAACCAAUCUUUAUUUGACAUCAUUAGCAAAAUUGACCUCAUGGUGAAUUCUGGAAAGUUGGGUACAACUGUGAAGCCGAAGAGUCUGGUUACUUCAAGUGCUGGGGCUUUAAAAAAGCGGCACAAGAAGCCCUUUGAUGCAAUGAAUAACAUUGUGGCAAAUUUGCUGCUCAACCUGACAAGCUCUGCAAGGUUUGAAGGAUCCCUUAAUAUGGACCUUAAUGAAAUCAGCAUGAAUUUAGUUCCUUUUCCUCAACUUCAUUAUCUUGUAUCAAGCCUAACUCCAUUAUAUACACUGGCAGAUGUUAACAUUCCUCCUAGAAGGUUGGAUCAGAUGUUUUCCGAUGCCUUCAGUAAAGAUCACCAGCUUAUUCGGGCAGACCCCAAACAUAGUCUCUACCUCGCCUGUGCCCUCAUGGUUAGAGGAAAUGUACAGAUUUCAGAUCUUCGCAGAAAUAUUGAAAGAUUGAAACCUUCUCUUCAGUUUGUCUCCUGGAAUCAAGAAGGCUGGAAGACCAGCUUGUGUUCAGUACCUCCUGUGGGCCAUUCUCACUCGUUGUUAGCUUUAGCAAAUAACACGUGCGUGAAGCCUACCUUUAUGGAACUGAGAGAGAGGUUCAUGAGGCUCUACAAGAAAAAGGCUCACCUUCAUCAUUAUCUACAAGUUGAAGGGAUGGAAGAAAGCUGUUUCACAGAAGCUGUGGCAUCUUUAUCAGCACUCAUACAGGAGUAUAACCAACUGGAUGCUACCAAAAGCAUGCCUAUGCCAGAUUUACCCCGACUAAGUGUAGCUGUGUAAAAAAGGAAAUGCGACAAGUACAACUUUAUGAUUCUUAAUUUCACAUUGUUUUUGUCACCUUUCUGCUAUAGCAGUUUUGUCAUUCAGAAAGCCCAGUUUUAGCCCAGCUCCUGUGGCACUUGCUGCUAAGACACUGUGCUCUGCAGGUGGGGACCACAUGGGAGGACCAGGUUCAAUUCCUGGGUUAACCUGAAGACCAGGAGCGGUGGUUUGCAUCUGGUUUGCAUCUGUAAUCCCGGUGGCUCAGGAAGCCUGAGACAAGAGGAUUACAAACUCAGGGCUGGCCUGAUCAACAUAGCAAGACUCUAUCUAAAAAAACAGCAGACCUGGUGGUGUGUAUCUGCAAUACUAGCCAGGAGGCUGAGGCACGACGAUUAUGACAUAGCAAGAACCUCUCUUUAAAAAGAAAAAAAUUAUUUUUUUAUAUUAUCAGGAAGUAUUUUUGUCUAAAAGAGUGGGUUUUACUUAAUCACAAUUAUUCCUAUGUGUGAAGCUAGUGAAGUCCUAGUACCUUAACUUCAAACAUUUGUCUUCAGAGGAGUCUCAUUUUCUAAAAUUCAGAGAAUGAAGAUCUUCAACAUUUUGCUUUAUUUAUAGCCUCAUAUUUUGUUACUUAUACGCUGAUAAUCAUGUCUCCAAUAAAAAUCUUGUACAGUAUAUUUUUAUUAUAUUUAUUAUAACUUAUAUUCUGGUAUUGUUUGAAUUCUCCUGAUUCUUUAAAAGUGAGUACUCAAAGUAGAACACAAUGGAAAUUAUUUCCAUGUAACAUCCACUAACUAUUGGGAUAGGUCUUUUGCAACAGUUAACAAGGUUUUGUUUUUCUUUGGAUAAUAACUUAUAGUCACCCAAAAUAGUCAUAAGUUAUACAUUCAUUUUAAUGUGUACGUGUAUUAAAUUAUUUUUAAAUGUAAUUACUCUAUUAUCAAAAUAACUGGUUUAUAGUAAUAAAUGUCCAUAUUUUAAGCAACACUCCUUGUUAUCAUGGUCUUACAUGUUUCCGUUUAUACAAGUGGACAGUGCAGUCCUAAGCUUGGUAUCUUCUUCCAGACUUUGCAGUAAAAGGCUGAUGAGGACAGAAAUUGUUCUGUUUCCUAGACCAUUCAGCAUUAGUCUUCAACAUUAUUUUAAACCAUCAUUUAUAUUUCAGAUCCUUAGGUUUAUUUAUCAUUUAAGACAGUAACUUUUAAGAACAAUUUCUUUUCGAUCCAAAUUUGUUCUGUACU